UCCUGGUGUUGGACUGUCCGAGUGCAUAUCCCGCUGUGGGCCUGCCAGAAGCGGACCGUGUGGUCGUACCCAGCUGUAGCCAAAAUGACCGGGUCGCUGCCCACGGUUCCCUGAUUCACGUUCAUGCUUGACUGCUCACUGCCAGCCCUUAAUGUUCAGCACUACGUUGACGACCUAUCCAGCGGCACCUCAUUGUGAUGACUGCACAUCACUGCAACCGGAGCCUGAACACCACUCCACCCCAUUCCUCAUACUGUCAUAUCUGGGGCUUCCUGUGUUUUUUUUUUUUUCUAUGUAGGCCAAGAUGAAGGGAGAACAAGAGGAAAGAAGAUGCACUGAACACACUAAUGAAGACAAUUUCUGGUACACUAUCCCAUAGGGCGGCCAUGCUUUUCAUAAUCAGUUGGUGAGCUGUGAUUCUCGGCAGUGCAUGACACAUCUGGAUGCAGGCGGUUGGCUUAAGAGGAGGUGUGUGUGACUGCAUGAGAGAGUGAGAUGGUGUGUGAAAGAGAGUGAGCGUGUGCGCUCAGACUCCUCACUCCUGACUCCGCGCUCCGUCCCUGCACACACAAACGGAAGAUGGACUCUGAAGACCAUCCCUUUGGUCCCGUUCCCAUGCGCAAGUGACUCUAAGGUGCCUUGGCUGUGUCAUGUAGUCACAAAAUGGCAGACAGUGAGAACAUGGAACAUGGCUGUGAGAAGGAAUCACGAGGAGGUGACACCCACCACCCAGAUGUUCUCACUAACUCCCUCGGAACAAAGCGGCACCUCCCUCGAGGGAUUGUUAUCCAGCUGACGGGAACCGAGGGAGAAUGGAGCAGCCUGGAUGAGAGCGAGCUCAUCUUCUCGCUUGACCGUGAUGAGGACUACCCCUCGGUGUCUCAGUCAAGUCAGAAGCAGCUCUCCAGGGAUUACGACAGAGGGUCCCAAGCGUUCCACGUCCCGCUUUCACCCUCGUCUCCCGGUUCUCUCGGGAAUUGCGCCACUACUGGUCCCAGCUUCCUUUCUCCAGGUCCCUCCUCGCCUACUCAUCGACCCUUAGCCAGUCUGGUGAAGUCGCUCUCCACAGAGCUGGAGCUGAGAGAAGGUUCCACCCUUAGACCGAAACCCCUUCUCAGCCUUGUGAAAUCCAUCUCGACUGAACUCUCACGAUCUGAGCCUGAGGUGUCGCAGUCAAAAUCGGACUCCCGCCUCAACCUCCACCUAUUGAAGCAGCUCACACAACCCAAGACUCGAAGCGCCGGGGACUCUCGGACAGCGCCCCCAUCUCCCAGCACGCUCUCACCGAGCGGCGAGGGUCUGAAAGGCGGCUUCUUCAAAAUGGAACUAGAAGACACCAAGAGGAAACUCUCUGAAGCAGUCCAUGAGCCCCUGAGCAGCAUGUUCAACAAGAUCAUGAGAGAAGACAGCAUGGGCAGUCCCAAACACCAGUCCAGGACUACCCAGGUCAUCUCCAGAGGUUUGGGCCGGGAAAGUAGCACAGACACGGGUGUCUCAGAGUCUCCUGUGAGGAGCAGUGGCAGAACAGAGGGUGACGUUUUUGACUGGCCUUCGGUUAGAUACCCUGGGAGAACCCUCCGCAGCCCGUGCCCAGUCCAUCAUUGCAAACAUAUCAGGGAUGAAGAGCAAGGAUUGUAUUCAGAUGGAGACAUACUACAGGUUUUUCCCGUUGAUACUUCCCAACAGGGACUGCCUGGGGUUGCGCCACCACCACUUAGGACCUAUCCACUUCACCCACCCAAUCCUCCACCAUGCAUGAGUUUAUUCUGUGUGGCGACACUAUUCUAUGGCUAUUUUACUCUACCUCUGAAUCCAUACUUCUCUGGUAUGGCUUUGGGGUUAGCGUUGGGAUUUUUACUAGGACUCUUACUCAUUCGAUUGGGCUCUUCCAGGUCCAGACCAGCACCGACUCUUCUUGGGGAGGGGAUUCUGAGAGAUACCUCCACUGAGCCUGAGAUCGCCAAGGGAUGGAUGAAUGAGAGUCAGGAUUAUGACCAAGAAGCCGCCCAUGCAGCGCAGACUCACUCUGUGUUUGCCACACUGGAGGGACCCUGCCUCCGACUUGACACCCCCCAGUCGAACAUCAGUCGCAGGGCCACGUAUGACGAGAAAGUCCACGAGUCCACUUUCAUCAAGACACGCUCCUACCAGCUGGAAAAGAGCAAAGUGUUCUUGCUGCCAUCUGUGUUGGCUCGGAAACGAGUAUGGAACCCCAAAUAUCCCAUCUGCAUCCAGCUGGCCAGCAGCUCUCAGAAGGAUGCUGGACCAACAUUGGAUGGGAAUCAGGAAGAGGAGGAGGAGCAGCCAGGAGCUGAACCCAGAUGUUCAAGUUCAUCUGAACCCACCGGUGACCCGUGUACAACUCUUUACCUCUUUGGACGCACGGGAAGGGAGAAGGAGGAGUGGUUUCGCCAUUUCCUGCUCGCAUCCAUGAACACAGAGCUCAGAAAAGACCACAACAAACCAAAGCCUGGCAGAUGUGUGCCUCGAUCGGGUGACCCAGUACUGUCGCAGAGCAUCAGCGGCCAUGGUGACUUCCAAAGCAGCAGGGACUCCACCAGCAGAAUGGGCAGCAGUGAAGAAGAUGCCCCCUCCACACCCCCGGUCUCCUCCGCCCCUGCAGCUCCUGUCACUCAGACCUCCAGCAGCACCACCAGGGGCCUUUCACUUCUCGACUACCCAGGCUAUAUGUCUCGUCUUCUGGCUACGGUAGACUUGCCUCUGCUCUCGAGUCCUGGUCUUGGCAGCACAGAAACAAGCCCCAAGCUCAAAGGAAAUUGUACCUGUGAUUUGGCCGAAUACUGUGGGAGGAAUUCGACCGCCUGGGUGAACGCUCUGAUUGGUCGCAUCUUUUGGGACUUCUUGAGAGAGAAGCACUGGGCCGACGUGGUUUCCUGCAAGAUCCAGAAGAAGCUCAGCAAAAUCAGACUGCCUUACUUUAUGAAUGAACUGGCCCUGACUGAGCUGGACAUGGGCUGUUCGAUGCCGCAAAUCACAUCUACCUCUCGGCCAGAGGUUAACCACAGGGGUUUGUGGGUAGAACUACAACUGGCCUACAACGGUACCUUGCAGAUGACCCUGCAGACCAAAUUUAACUUGUCCAAACUGGGCAAAGACGGCAGCCAGGACACGGACUGGUUGACUGAAACCCGAAGCACACGCUGCAGACCUUUCCUAAGUGUGCUGGCAGACAGUGAUGAGGAGUCUUCCAGCGCCGGUUCAUCUGACGAGGAAGAGCUGCUCCUCUCUGAGCCUCAGGGUCCUGCUGGGGAAAAGGUUCCUACAUCGGGAACAGAAGGAGCAGGGGGUGGAAAGACUGGAAGGAAGAUUUUGAGAUUUGUGGACAAAAUCGCCAAAUCCAAAUACUUUCAGAAGGCGGCAGAGAACGAGUUCAUCAAGAAGAAGUUUGAGGAGAUGUCAAACACUCCCUUGCUGCUCACAGUGGAAGUUCAAGAGCUGUCAGGCUCUCUGGUUGUCAACAUCCCACCGCCCCCUACGGAUAGAAUAUGGUACAGCUUCUGCACUCCACCCAAACUGGAUCUCCAUGUCCGACCCAAACUAGGUGAGAGGGAAGUGACUUUAUGUCAUGUGACUGAUUGGAUUGAAAGGAAACUACAGGAUGAGUUUCAGAAAGUAUUUGUCCUGCCAAACAUGGAUGACAUCUACUUACCCAUGAUGCACUCGGGUGUGGACAGCCCCUGUGCAUCCCCACAGAGCCCGACUGAGUCUGUGGAGCACCGCUAUGUUUAAAUAAGCACUGAUAGGAAGCAAUAGUCGGAUCAACUCCACAUAACCGUAGUUAAGUGGUCUCUUUGAGGAAAUGCACUUGAGUUAUGUGACCAGGAUGAACUUUAUAUGGUAAGUCAUAUGUCAUUUUUAAAAUAAUUAUAAUUUAUUCAUAAUGUAUUAUUAUUAUUAUGUAUCAGUAUACUCGUUUUUUGCACGUUUACAUGAAUUUGCUGCUUUAUA